CCAAAUGUUGGAACGGGAACGAAUUCGAAUGCUCUGUUUGUUGCCUGCGAGGUAUUGCACAGCACACUAGUAUCCAUCUUUCCMGAUGUUUAAAUUGAGUUGGCCAGCUCAUGAAGCCAUUUACAMUGAAACGAGACAAGAACGAAGCGCUGUCGAGGUUCUCAUACCUUGCGAUAGUCCCCCGUGGAUUGCAGAGAGAGAUUUCUGCAAGCUUGCGAGAACGUGCARGCAGCGAAGGCCAGAACCAGAACCACGACAGUGAAGCGCUCCCCGAAAGAAAGAAAAGCGAGAAUGACAAUGACGCAGUUCUGAAGGUGACCAUCUGGAACGAGGAGGAAGACAACGAAACCAUGYGGGAGGCCYUGAGAGACUUUUCGCGGCAGAGGGAAGAAAAGGCAAAACGGCAUCGAGAACGCGAACGCGAACGACAAGACGCACCUCCCGCGCAUCAGGGGGGAUCCAACAGAGGCAAUAAGGAGARGAAAACCCCGGCACCACACCAGCGCACCAAGGCCCAGCUCGAGGAACACAUCUCUUCUGCAUGGCUCCCUACCGGGUGCUCGGUGGGUUCCGUGAAGCUGUCGUCGUCGGGACAGCACGUCAGCAUCGGUUACUGCUCUGUCCCGGAUGCUAGGGGAGCUGCAGACAUAGAUUCAUGUGCGGGUGUGGGUGUAGGUAAAACUGCAGGACCGCCACCAUGCAUUCCAACCUGGACCUGCACGGGCCAAAUGGCSGGCAGCGUUUGGAUGCAGCUGGAAACCAACCAGGAACGCAUCAGUCGUACCGUGGUGGCUCCGUCCAGGUCGUUGGGGCCUCUCUUGGCGCUUGUAUCUGUGCAAACCGACAACUCGUGCCUCCAAUCUGUUGGAGAAGCAYCGCCACCAUCGGCGAACGAAUCGAGCCGGAACGAUGGAGAGCAGCUGCAGCAACAACGACAACCAACCGGAGGACCCGGUUCGUGUUACCAGCGGUAUUACCAGCAUUCUCUGCAAGAAAUGGUGGCCGAAACAACGCGGCACAUUCGRUUGGACYCCUCCCUCUUUUCCGAGCGACUCGAUCGUGCCUUUCGUGUCUGGAAGGAUUGCAUCGAAACAACGUGGAGAAACCGGCUGUCCCCAUCGGACUUUGAAGGGCUUCAGCAGCGGAUUCGGGAGAACCGAUUGCGRUUUCGCAUGUCGUGCAUGCGGGUCGAGCCAUCCCUUUUGCCAUCCUCGUUCUCGAGAAAGCGCAAAAAGAAAUUCCAAGCUUUGUCCGAACAACUCUUUGYGUACAGCCGAAAAGAGCUCUGCCGGGGAAUCAUGGAUGCUUGUGGAUCGGACCUAGUUCCAAAUUAUCAUCAGCAGAAUCCGAAAAACAAAAACAAGAACGACAAAAGCGACAACGACAACGACAACCACGCUCGGGAGAAAGAAGAAAUUGGCGGCUGGACGGUAGACCUCGACAAAUUCGACAUCGAGCUAGUGUUGCUCAUCAUACCGCCAGGCCUUCGAUCUACAACUGGCAAGCUGGCCAUUGGAAUAUCGCUCUGUCCGUAUUCCUUUCUACGCAGCAAGUCGUUCGAGGCCGGACAGAUACCACCCGAUGUUACUGUGCCAUAUCUCGGAGGAGAUAUCCUUUCGCAGGGGAUCGUUCGCCUGCGCCCUACCACCGCUCAUCUCCUCUUGCAAAUGGCGAAUCCUCGGUCGUGUGAYGUGGUGUUGGAUCCGUGUGCGGGGAUUGGCACCAUMCCUGUGGAGGCCGAAUGCUACCAGGCCUGCCUCCAACCAACUCGCAACARUCGAAGUGGUCGGAGCCAGGACCCGUGCUGCCUGGCCAUCGGGGGCGAUCUGGUCCUGAACAACCCGAAAUAUACCAGAAUUGCUGGAAUCAACGAGAACAUUAGCAGGGRUGCCAUUAUUAACACCACCAGCAGUCUUUUGGUCGCAUGGGACGCAGCACAUCUGCCGAUGCGAACUAGUAGCGCCGACAUAGCGGUAUCGGAUCUGCCCUUUGGGCAGCAAUGCUUGUCGGUCAACUCCCUCAAUCAACUGUUGCCUCUUGUAUUUCUCGAGUGCGCCCGGGUCUUGAGAACCAGCACUGGACGAAUGGUUAUGCUUGCGGGUGGGUCACCAAUCGCUCUCAUUGCAAACAUAGAAAAGUUAUCGGGUAAAUACUGGAAAUCACCUAUCCGGAGAGUAUCCCCCGUAUCGAUCGGAGGAAUACUCGCAUGGACAAUCGUCGUCAUGCGCAACGAAGAGCCCUUUGACCGAGAUAUCGUCCCCGAGCAGCGAUCGUUAAUAAAGAAGAUYGCACAAAAACGAGAUCGGAUCAGCCGACAACGGAACAGCGAAUCCGGCGAGCAGCAGACAGGCAAGCGAAGGCGCCACGCAAACGAAGCACAACCAUAGAAAUAGAAAGAUCGCAAGAGA